AUUGACUGUUGACUCGUUGACUCCUUCAUCUGCAACCCAAAACCUCUUCUUCUCAUUACAGUUAGUCACUGCGGCGAAGCUCACCAUUUCAAGCAUCUAGGGUUUUUGCGAGAUUUUCGAUCGCUCGGAUCUAGGCAUGGCUAGAUAUCUAGGGUUUCUCAUUCUCCUAGUUUCAAUUUCAUCGAUCUGUGUAUCUGCUUCGAUCUUCUAUCCGAUCUCCGAUGCUCACCGAUCUGCUGCUUCCGAGAUCUUCACGUUUUCCGGUGCUAGUCUGGAAGCUACAUAUGAGGCUUUGGCAACAUCAGGAGUUCUUGGAGUGGUAGUGAAUGCAGAUGUGAAGACAUCUACUUGUAAAUCUUUGAUUGAUACUUUGUCGUCACCUACUACAACUCUGAAGGAUUUGUUCUUUGGGUUGCGAGUUAAUAGACUUUUAACAUGCGAGCUUAGCGAUGCAGAUUUCAUGGCUAUUUCUGCAAGAAUUAGAGAUUCAAUCAAGAGUGCAGAUUCUCUGCUGGACUUCUAUUAUUCGAUUGGAUCUCUGGUAGAUAUUAAGGGUCAGACAUCUGAGGCUGAUGUAACUCUUGAAAAUGCUGAUGGAAUUUUCAGAUCUAUCAAGGCACUAAGCCAAAGUGAUGGAAAGUGGCGCUACAGUUCUAAUAAUCCUGAAUCUAGUACCUAUGCUGCAGGAAUAGCACUUGAGACCCUUGGCGGAGUUGUUUAUUUAGCGUCCUCUCAGAUUGAUGAGUAUUUGAUUUCUACAGUAAAAAAUGACAUCAUGAAGCUCUUUGACAGUGUUGAGAAGUAUGAUGAUGGGGCCUAUUACUUCGAUGAAAAGCUUGUUGAUGCUAGCAGUCACCAUGGCCCUCUUUCUGCCUCCUCUUCAGUUGUUCGCGGGCUGACAACUUUUGCAACUGUGACAUCUGCAAAUUUAAAUCUUCCUGGGGACAAAAUAUCUGGAUUGGCUAAGUUUUUCCUUGGUAUUGGAGUUCCUGGAAAUGCUAAAGAUUUGUAUUACCAAAUCGAUGCACUAGCUUGCUUAGAGAGUAACAGUGUUCUGAUCCCUCUAAUCCAAUCACUUCAGUCGACUGUGAUUUCACAUACACGGAAUGACAAGAUUAAGGUGAAGGUGACUACAGUGCUGGGAUCUGCUGCACCUGCUUUAUCAGUAAAACUCAUGCAAGUGUUUAGUGCUGGUUCAAAGGAUGCUUCUAUCAUUGACCAGGAACUCACAUUUGACUCUGAAAAUGGUAUCUAUAUCUUGGAAGCUCUGCCAGAAAGUGUUGAUGUUGGAAAGUACAUCUUUGUCUUUGAAAUUGUGCUUCAUGAUGCUGAACAUAAAAAAAUCUAUGCUACUGGAGGUCGGACAAAAGUACCAAUAUUUGUGACAGGGGUUAUGCAAGUUGACAAUGCAAAGAUUGCAGUGCUUGACAGUGACCUUGGAAGUGUGGAAACUCAAAAAAAGUUGAGCUUUGAUGGACAGAACUCUGUUUCCUUAUCAGCAAACCACCUUCAAAAGCUUCGCAUAUCCUUUCAGCUAUCCACCCCUCUCGGGAAUGCUUUUAAUCCACAUCAGGCAUUUCUCAAGUUGACACACGAGACAAAAGUUGAGCAUAUAUUUAUGGUUGGAAGCUCAGGGAAGCAGUUUACAGUAGUACUAGACUUCCUUGGACUAGUGGAGAAAUUCUAUUAUCUCUCUGGUAGAUAUGAAAUUCAACUCACGGUUGGAGAUGCUGUCAUGGAGAACUCUUUUAUUCAAGCUCUUGGCCAUGUGGAACUUGAUCUGCCAGAGCCACCUGAGAAGGCAACCCGCCCUCCUCCACAAUCUGUGGAUCCUUUACUCAGAUACGGGCCCAGAGAUGAGAUUACACACAUUUUUAGAACUCCAGAGAAGCUUCCACGACAGGAAGUUUCUCUUGCUUUUUCAGGCCUUGUUCUGUUGCCCUUCAUUGGCUUCUUGGUUGGGUUGAUAUGGCUUGGCGUGAACCUGAAGAGUUUCCCAACAUCAACUGUGCCUGCCACAUUUGCCAUCCUCUUCCAUGUGGGCAUUGGAGCCAUUCUCUUUCUAUACGCCCUCUUCUGGAUAAAGCUGGAUCUUUUCACAACAUUGAAAGCACUUGGAUUCUUGGGGAUAUUUUUGAUGUUUGUGGGACACAGGACUCUGUCCCACAUUGCCGCAACUUCAGCUAAGUUAAAAUCUGCCUAAGCGAAAAUAUGUUCUCAAACCGGGCCAUCCUUGGGAGCUACCUGGGUACACAUACUUUUGAGUAAAUUUUGAAACUGAAUAAUUGAAGAUUUUGGUUACGUGGUAAUAUUAAUAUAUGUGAUCAACACUAGAUCAGAUCUCUAGCUUCAGUGACAAUUAUUACUUUGGCGGAUCAUAGUGUUUUUAGUUUAUACUAGAGAAGUGCAAUCUCAUCUUAGUUUCUAUUUCAAUUUAUAUUAUUAGUUUUCAGAACCUAAGAGUAUUAUAGUAAUUUACCAUAAAGCUUAGGAUAUUUUACUUGUUACACUGAUCUUUGUACGUUUUCUUCCAUCUGUUUAAGUUGUAUGUGCAAAUUUAAGCUGACAA